AUGUCUGCCAAGGCCAUUCGAGAAUUCGACGGAAAGCUGCUGCUCGCCCACUGGCUGCCCAAGCUCGGCAUCGCCAAGGAUAGCACCGUCACCACCGACGUUGCCCCGCCGUCCUUCCUGGCUCCUGCUCGCCUGGCCCACAUUGCCUUCGACAUUUCCAUUCUCUCUUCAUCAGAGAACGCCGCCAUCGCCGAAAAGCAGUUCAGCGCCUCGAUCGACCAGGUCUUCAACGCCGUCGAGGCCCAGAACCCGUGGCUCCUGACCACCAAGCUCGUCUGCAAGCCCGAUCAGCUCAUCAAGCGCCGCGGAAAGAACGGCCUGCUCGGCAUCAACCUCGACUGGGCCGCCGCCAAGGAGUGGAUUCGUGUCCGUGCCGGCAAGAUCUUCCAGCUCGAGCGCACCAAGGGCUAUCUGCACACCUUCCUGGUCGAGCCCUUUGUGCCUCACUCCCAGGACUCGGAAUACUACAUCUGCAUCCAGUCCAUCCGCGAGGGCGAUAUGAUCUUCUUCACCCACGAGGGUGGUGUCGACGUCGGCGAUGUCGACGCCAAGGCCAAGCGCCUGCUCGUCGGUGUCAACACCGCCUUCCCGUCUGCUCAGGAAAUCGAGUCCACUCUGCUGAUAGAUGUUGCCUCGAAAUCCAAGAAGGCCACCCUCGUCGACUUUGUGACCCGCCUCUAUGCCGUCUAUACCGACCUGCAGUUCACCUAUCUCGAAAUCAACCCCCUGGUUGUCGUCGAGAGCGGCCCCAACUCCAGCUCUGUCUUCUACCUUGAUCUGGCUGCCAAGCUCGACCAGACCGCCGAGUACGAAUGCGGCAAGAAGUGGUCCACUGGUCUCCAGGCCGGUUACCUCGCCGAUGCUGGACGUGUUCCCACCAUCGAAUUCCCUGCUCCCUUUGGUCGUGAGCUGAGCAAGGAGGAAGCCUACAUUGCCGAACUCGAUGCCAAGACCGGCGCUUCCCUCAAGCUGACCGUCCUGAACCCCAAGGGCCGCAUCUGGACCAUGGUUGCCGGUGGCGGCGCCUCGGUUGUCUACUCGGACGCCAUUGCUGCUCUGGGCUACGCCCACGAGCUGGCCAACUACGGCGAGUACUCGGGCGCUCCCUCCGAGUCGCAGACCUACGAGUACGCCAAGACCAUCCUGGAUCUUAUGACCCGUGGUACUCCCAACCCCGAUGGCAAGAUUCUGUUCAUCGGCGGUGGCAUUGCCAACUUCACCAACGUCUCGACCACUUUCAAGGGUCUGAUCCGUGCCCUCGAGGAGUACAAGCACAAGCUCCAGCAGCACAAGGUCCGCAUUUCGGUGCGCCGUGCCGGCCCCAACUACCAGGAGGGUCUGCAGGCCAUGCGCCUGUGCGGCGAGUCCAUCGGUGUCCCUGUCCGCGUCUACGGUCCCGAGAUGUUUGUCACCGGCAUUGUGCCCCUCGAGCUUCUCGGCGAAGCCAAGGCCAAGGAGAUGGGCAUCCUCGACGAGUCGGGAGGUGAGUGUCUUGCCCUGCAUCUUCCGAACCAACUCGGCAACGGCCUCUCCCUGAUGAGCAGCGGCAUCGUCGACAACGGCUUUGGUGCCGCCCAGACCGCCGAAAUCGAUCUCAGCAAGCUGCCCCAGGGCUUCUGGCAGCCCUUCACCAAGAACACCCGCGCUCUCAUCUAUGGCAUGCAGCCCAAGGCCGUCCAGGGCAUGCUUGACUUUGACUUUAUGUGCAAGCGCGAGCGUCCGUCCGUCUGCUGCAUGAUCUACCCCUUCGGUGGCCACCACGUCCAAAAGUUCUACUGGGGCACCAAGGAGACCCUCAUUCCUGUCUACACCUCGAUCGAGGAGGCUGUCAGCAAGUUCCCCGAGGCCACCGUUGUCGUCAACUUUGCUUCCUUCCGCAGUGUCUACGACAGCACCCGCGAGCUCCUGCAGUUCCCUCAGAUCCGCACCAUUGCCAUCAUCGCCGAGGGCGUCCCCGAGAAGCGCAGUCGUCAGCUGCUGUGGGAGGCCAAGCAGCGAAAUGUCUUGAUCAUCGGUCCGGCCACCGUUGGCGGCAUCACCCCCGGCUGCUUCAAGAUCGGCAACACCGGCGGCAUGAUGGACAACAUUGUUUCGUCCAAGCUCUACCGUCCUGGCUCGGUCGCGUACGUCUCCAAGUCCGGCGGCAUGUCCAACGAGCUCAACAACAUCAUUUCGCGCGCCACCAACGGCGUUUACGAGGGCGUGGCCAUUGGUGGUGACCGCUAUCCUGGCUCGACCUUCAUCGACCACAUGAUGCGCUUCGAGAAGGACCCCAACGCCAAGAUGAUGGUUCUGCUCGGCGAGGUCGGUGGUGUUGAGGAGUACCGCAUUGCCGAGGCCGUCAAGUCUGGCCAGAUCAAGAAGCCCGUCGUCGCCUGGUGCAUCGGCACCUGCGCCAAGAUGUUCACCACCGAUGUGCAGUUUGGCCACGCCGGCUCCUUUGCCAACUCGGACCUCGAGACGGCCGAGAGCAAGAACUCUUCCCUGCGCUCCAGUGGCGUUAUCGUCCCCAACACCUUUGAGGAUCUGCCCCGCGUGCUCAGCGAGACCUUCUCCCAGCUGGUCAGCUCUGCCGUCGUCAAGGUUGUCCCCGAGCCCGAGCCCCCAAAGAUCCCCAUCGACUAUGCCUGGGCCCAGGAGCUCGGCCUGAUCCGCAAGCCCGCCUCCUUCAUCUCCACCAUCUGCGACGACCGUGGACAGGAGCUCCUGUAUGCUGGCAUGUCGAUCUCGGCCGUCUUCAAGGAGGACAUUGGUGUGGGCGGCGUCCUGUCGCUCCUGUGGUUCAAGCGCCGCCUGCCCCCUUACGCCUCGCGCUUCAUCGAGAUGGUUCUGAUGCUGACCGCCGACCACGGACCGGCUGUCUCUGGAGCGCACAACACCAUUGUGACCGCUCGUGCCGGCAAGGAUCUGAUCUCCUCCCUGGUCUCGGGUCUGCUGACCAUUGGUGAGCGCUUUGGCGGCGCCCUCGAUGGCGCUGCCCAGAGCUUCUCGGCCGCCUACGACAAGGGCCUCUCGCCUCAGGAAUACGUCGACUCGAUGCGCAAGAAGCACCAGCUCAUUCUCGGCAUUGGACACAAGAUUAAGUCGCGCACCAACCCUGAUCUGCGUGUGUCCAUCGUCAAGGACUUUGUCUUCAACAACUUCCCCAGCUGCGAGAUCCUCAAGUACGCCAUCGAGGUCGAGAACAUCACCACAGCCAAGAAGGAGAACCUGAUCCUCAACGUCGACGGCGCCGUUGGUGUUGCCUUUGUGGAUCUUCUGAGAAGCUGCGGCGCCUUCAGCCGCGAUGAAGCCGACGAGUACGUCAACAUUGGCACCCUCAACGGUCUCUUUGUGCUCGGCCGCAGCAUUGGCUUCAUUGGCCACUACCUCGACCAGAAGCGCCUGAAGCAGGGUCUGUACCGCCACCCCUGGGACGACAUCACCUACCUCAUGGAGCAAGACAGCGGCUCGGACCAGACCAGCUCGAGCUCGCGCACCUUUGUGGACGGCUCCGUUGCGAUCCAAGUGGGUACCCAAAAGACUCAGUAG